AUGCUUUGGGGCCUUUUCAAAUCACAUCGCAGAGGAGCUUUAAAUAUUUGGAGGCCCAGGGGGAUGGUUAGUCGGCCUGCUGGGGCGAGGAAGGGCUCAAAGGGGCAAAGGGCACGGAGGAUGGAGAAGGGGUCUUUCUCGGUGGAGUGGCUCGCUCAGAGCAGCCACGAGAAAGCCCAACCUGCAAGCGGGGUGUCUUCCACCCACCACCCCACGCGGGGCCACCAGUCCCUGCCCAAGAAUGCAGCCAGUGCCAGCAGCGAUCAGGAGAAGGAAAACCCAGCGCUUACCAAGCCAAGCACUAGGAGCCGGGAGAGGCCGCCUGAGGGCACCCGGCGGAGCCCGGGAGACCAAGCUGCCCCGAGGGAGCUGCAGGAAACUGGCCCAAGCAGCGCCGCGUCCAGCCCGAAGGAGGAGGAGGCGGGCGGGGAAGGCAGCGGCUCGGAGAGCGCCAGCUGCAGCCAGCCGGGGCGGCCCCGCACCAAGUUUUCAGCCUCACAGCUGCAAGAGCUGGAGAGGAGCUUCCGGGAGCAGCGCUAUAUUGGGGCCAGCGAGAAGCGGCGGCUGUCCAAGGUGCUGAAGCUCUCCCAGACCCAGAUAAAAACCUGGUUCCAGAACCGUCGUAUGAAGUUCAAACGACAGACCCAAGAUGCCAGGGUUGAAGCUCUCUUUUCAGGCUUACUUCUACCUUAUCGUUACCCAGAGAUCCAGACACCCAAUUAUCCCCCUGGGAUGGAGUUGAAUGUCUCCUCCGCUGCUGCUGUGACCUUUUCCCUUCACCCAGCUAUGCCAAACCCAGCCCUGCUGCUACCUCCUGCUCCAACUCAAUCUCUUCAGCCAGUUGUGCCAACGCCAGCUCUGCUGGUGUCUGCUGCUCCAGGAUUUUCUUAUCAGUCUACAAUUCCAACGGUCCCUCUAACCCAGGAUCAUAAUCGACUGAGAUUCCAACCAUAUCUUCCUCCCUCUUAA